GUUGACUGUUUUGUUCGAUACUAUGUGAACUAAAUUGCAUUGUUCUGUCACGAUAGUUCUUCUGUGUCAAGGAGAAGAUGACUUUACUCAGAAGAGAUUGGCUUAUUGAUUAUCUCUUUAGAGAUUUGAUUAGAAAAAUGUCGCUGCUGUAACUGUGUAUGUAUAAUGAUCGCAAGCCACAAUUCGUUUCAAUGUCGCACUUUUUUCCUCAGUCUUGUUUGAUAAUUGAUACUUGACGCAAAGCUUAAUUGCCUUUUUGGUAAUUCAAUAAAAUAUUGAUUAGAGAAAUUGCGUUUUAUUCUACCUUGUUUCCUGCAUUCCGACUUACAUAAUUCCUAAAAUUGUUUUGAUUUUGGCUUUAAAAGUAGUCUUGACAAUCUAUAGCCUAAAAAAAGCUCAUUAGCAAUUUUGCACUCUUAAAAUUUUGUCCAGUUUAAUGCACACUGAUGUUAAGUGAACUUCCUUUAAAAAAGAAGAUUGAGACAUUUUCUAUUUAAAGUCAAGUCUGCUUUGUUUUUUCGAAGGGCUUGAAAUUUCCCUUUCGCUUGUUUUUACCUGCGUCAUCAGAAGUUGGAAUCAAGCAUUGCGUUAGCAUGAUUUUCGUCUCUCAAGCGGAUUGAUUAAAUCCAAUUGGUCAAAAGGGGCUUAAUAAAUUGGUAAUAAACGAGAAAAAUCGUUGGUGCCAAAUCUUCCCGCGUGAAUCCCAAGUGAAUUUUAAAAUCAGCAUUUCCAUAAUACGUUUCCUUUCCCGUCAAUAGUUCAAUCAAUUACUGAUAAAAACUAAUCGAGACAUUUAUUGAGAGCUGAGUUUUGUUCAAUUAAAGUUGACUCAAGAAUUCGACCAUUCAAAACAGAAAUGCCCCAAGGAAGAAGAAAACAGCCUUUCAGCCAGAAGCAGAAAAAAAUACAACUGCAGGCUAAGCGGGAGAAAAGACGAGAGUUCAUCAAAAGUGCUUCUUUCGACCAAUCAAACGACAACAUAAACACAGACCCCAACUGCACCAGUCAAAGUAGAAGCGACAUCAGCUAUGCACAGUGUAAACUGAGUGAGUGCUCAUUGGCAGCUGCUCUGAAGGCAGAACUGAGAUCACAUGCUCCCUUCUCAGGUGCUGGAAGCAAUGAAGUAUUGGAUGAUUUGGAGGAGACUGUACCAGUGGACAAUCUUGAGUCUUCCGAAGACAGUGACGACGAAGAUGAGGUGUCGGAAGCAUCAGCGAGAGGGUCGACUGACAACGUGUCCGUAUGCAGUCAGCCGUACCAAUCAGUGGUAGCUGUGAAGAGGAUCAAUGAACAGCCAACUGCAUCUCGCAAUGGCUCUACUUCUAAGAAGCACUCGCUGAGUUGUUUCGGAAACUCACUUCCAACUGCUAGCAACGCGUACGAUGCGAACAGAUACAAACUACACUUUGCGAAGGACUCCAAACAGGCGAUAGAUGCGAGGAAGCUAGACGCACAGAGGAGGGUGCUGAGGAUGCUCCCAAGGGAGAGUCUGGAGAUGAACAUCGACCACGUGUUUGGGCUGAAUGAGAAGGAGGUGCUGGUGAUGGACAUGCCCAAGAGGCCAGUGUGGAACUACAGUCUGGACAAACGCCAGUUGGAGAGACAGGAGGAGAAGUACUUCAGAGACUACAUCACUCAGUUCUACGCCAGACAACAACAACACAGUCACACAUCCGGCACCCUAGACGAAGAGAGCAGUAGUGGCAGCAGUGCAAGUAGAGGUGCUCAUCAUGCAUUAUCUUCAGUGGGUGCUAACACUGACCAACUGUCGUACUUUGAACUGAACCUGGAGACGUGGCGACAGUUGUGGAGGGUGUUGGAGAUGUCGGACAUCCUCCUCCUCAUCUGUGACGUCAGACACCCGGUGCUGCACUUCCCGCCCUCCCUCUACCACCACAUCACUAAGGAUCUGAACAAAGACGUGGUGGUGAUUCUGAACAAAAUCGACCUGGUUCCUCCGGAAGUGUCGAUCGCGUGGAAGCACUACCUCCACAACAAAUUCCCACAACUACAUAUCGUCCUCUACACCAACGACCCUCAGAACUUCGUACCCUACCUGGCCGAUUCUCAGGGGGAUAAUUGCAGCGUGGCUGAAAAGGGCAAAAGGAUGGAUAUUUCUGUGUUUGGGAAAAUUAAAACUGCGAGGAGGAAGCCGACGGCCAAGUGCAAUUACGCACCGCCUAUUGGACUGCAGGAGUUGUUGUCUGCAUGUGAGAAGUGUAUUCGGAACAACAAGAACAAAGGGAAGCGGGACUUUGACUUCACAGCGUGGCAGUACAAAGUGUCGAAACAGCUGAGCAGAAACUACGACUACAGAGAAGCCACCAUGUGUGCCGCUGACCAAAGACUCACCAUAGCAUGGGAGGAGGAGCAGGCAACGAUGGUGAGUCCCAGGAGGAAGAAGAUGAAGAGGAGCAAGGGAACUAUGGAUCUAAAGUCAGCCUCAAUAGUUCAGUCCAAGAGAGUGAGGCACACGUCGGAAGAGAGACUGGAACCACGGACAAAUUUGGUGUAG